AUGGCCUCAGUUUUUCAGUAUUUUCUGCUAGUUGUGGUCUUUCUGGAUACACACGCAGCUCAGCCUUUCUGUCUGCCAGGAUGUACCUGCUCAGAAGAGAGUUUUGGCAGGACUCUACAGUGCAUGUCUAUCUCUUUGGAAAAGAUCCCAGGGAACCUUCCUGAAGAGUUCAAGAAAGUUAGAAUUGAAAACUCACCCUUAUUUGAACUGCCCCGAGGGUCUUUCUUCAACAUGAGCACCUUGGAGUACCUUUGGCUCAACUUUAACAAUGUCACUGUGAUCCACCCAGGAGCCCUGGAGCACCUGCCUGAACUAAAAGAGCUGAGACUGGAGGGGAACCAACUCCGUUCAGUACCAUGGACAGCGUUCCGCGUCACCCCUCUCCUGAGGGUCUUGGAUCUCAAACACAACAAGAUUGACGUCCUCCCGGAGCUGGCUCUUCAGUUUCUGGUCAACCUGACCUACCUUGACCUUUCCUCCAAUAGGCUUACUGUUGUAUCCAAGAGUGUCUUCUUGAACUGGCUGACCUACCAGAAACGCCAGCAGCCUGGCUGUGGGGCUGAAAUUCUCUCUAGCCUGGUGUUGGCACUGCACAACAAUCCCUGGGUAUGUGACUGUCGCCUAAGAGCGCUCGUCCAGUUUGUCAAGUCCAUUAACCUGUCAGUCAUCCUGGUGAAUUCCUACCUCAUAUGCCAGGGCCCUCUCUCCAAGGCAGGACAGCUUUUUCAUGAAACUAAACUUAGUGUUUGCAUGAAGCCACAGAUCUCAACCCCCAGUGCCAAUGUCACAGUCCAGGUGGGACAGAAUGUGACCCUGCGAUGCUUGGCACAGGCCAGCCCCUCACCAGCCAUUGCAUGGACCUAUCCCCUGAGCAUGUGGAGAGAAUUUGAUGCAUUGCUGGCAGGCAAACACCUGGGACCAGUGUUGACCUCUUCUACUGCAGAAGAUGCUGCUGUGUCUGAGCUGACCAUACCUGCUGCGCAUCUGGUAGACAGUGGUAAUUACACCUGUGUGGCCUCCAACUCCAUUGGCAGGAGCACCCUGGUCAUCUCCCUCCACGUCCAGCUUGCCCAGGCUCUGACUGCACCCCAUUCUCUUUCUGGCCCCUUGGAGAGCAAUGCCUAUGUUGACCUGCGGGUCGUCAGGCAGACAAUGCAUGGGAUCUUGCUGGAGUGGCUUGCAGUGGCCAACAGCCCCGAGGAGGAGUGGUUCACCCUGUACAUUGUGUCAGAUGAAGCCCUCAGGAAGGAGGUGGUUCACAUUGGCCCCGGAAUCAAUACAUAUGCUGUGGAUGACCUCCUUCCCAGCACGAAAUAUGAGGCAUGCCUCAGCCUGGGAGGCCAGCCCCCACGCCGGGGUCAGUGUGUGGUCUUUGUGACAGGCAGAGAUGGCGGUGGGCUGGAGGGUCGCGAGCGACUUCUGCACAUCACAGUGGUCCUGUGUGUCGUGCUGCUUGCAGUGCCCAUGGGAGCCUACGUCUGGGCAGCCCAGGGCCCCUGCAGCUGCAGCAAGUGGGGCCUGUGCUGCUGUCCUCAUCAUAGGAAAACCCCCAGGUGCCCCCCUGUAUCCCUGCAGGGAAGGGACAGCUCCUUUAGAGACCAUCGAGCUGUCUGUGAGGACAGUGAGGGGCACAGAGACACUGAGGAGGAUGAGGAGAAAGAAGAGGGAGAGAGCUGGUAA